CACGGCGUUCGGCUCCUGGGUAGAGGCUUCCAUCUCAUCCCUACCCACCCCCCCUCCUCAUCUUCCCUUUUUUUUUUUCAAUCGCCCCAUUGUUUCCAUUCUAUAGAAGGAGAGGCAUGGGCAUUUCUCUCAACUGUUUUUGCGAUUUUAGGCCGCUUUAUUCCUGCCGCGCCCACGGGGACUGGAGUUUCUGUGUUUUUUCGACGUGCAAAAACAUUGCCUCGUAUAAAAAGCCCGGGGGGGAUUUAGCAAACUCUCCCAUGUUUUGCUGUGUCUACUUUCUCUUGCGCGCGAUUCUAGCGUCGCUGCAGCCCACGGGCUUUUUUGCUCUGUUCGUGUUUAUGUCUUUGUUGUUUUCAAGAGGAAUAUAUGCAUAGAGAUGGGGCUGUGCGUACAUAGAAGAUUAGUGGUUGGUUGGUUGCGUUUGAGGGAAGGUGCAGGUACAGAGAGGAUCAUAUAUGCCAGCUGCGGUACAGCGGCGAUGUCGAUGGAUACAGAUGG